UGCGGCUCAUUUCGCUUCAAAACCUCGUGACGAGCGGUUGCCGCGAUUGCCGCGUUCGCUGUCUUUCCGAUUUCCUCAAAACCAAGCCACUUCUCAUCAAACUGCAACAUUUUUUUUCGAAGCAACCCGACAAGCAACAAUAGCCUGCUAAACGCAACAAAACAAUUCACUAACAAGCCGCGCUAAACAACAACGGUUCAUUGAAACGACCAACAACCAAUCACUUGAGAAAAUAUUGUGUGUGGUGAAAAGUGAGUGUUUAUUUUUGGGAAAUAGAAAUAGAAAUAGUUUACCAAGCCAAACCAAACCAAUCGCUUCCAAUGGAAAUCAUGUGCCUACAAAUGCAAAUUGCUCGAAGAAAAUCAACAACGCCUGUUUAAAAAAGAAAAAAGUCCAACUCAAGCCAAUCAAAUACAAAACGUGUUGGUUAAAAGUCAAAUAAAAAAUACAAAAUCAAACAACAACAGUCUCUCGCGCACACAAAUAUUUUUAUAUAUAUAUGUACAUAUAUAAAAUUGCAUAAAAAUAUUUUUUACUCAAGACGAGACACAGAUACAUUCGCCGCUCACACACGCGCACACAUAGGCGACGACGUGGCCCCGCUUUCAGUGUGUUGGAGUAUCUGUGUGUGAUUGUGCGACGCCAGCAGCGCCGCCAGCGUCGCUGCUCCAACAACAAAAACAAAAACAACAACACCGCCGGUCGCCAAAGUUGAUUAUUAUUAUUUUUUUGGCACGCCAAAAACCGAGCGAAUACAAAAUAAUACGAGGUUGGCAAAAAUAAUAACAAAAUCAAACACCGUCGCCGGCGUCGUUUUUGUGUUAAUUAAAUUUACUUUUGUGAAUGAAAUGCGAAAGAAAGCAAAGCGAAAAAUCAUCUUUAAUAAAUGCUAAAUAAAACCAGCAGUCGCGAUCGCGAGUAAGAAUCAUAAGAACCCCCGCUCCAAAUCGCCAUUGGAUUAUUCCCAACACAAAAAAAAAAAAAAAAACAAAACGAAAAACGUCGAAAUCAUCGCCGCAUUUUGGAUACACCUCGAAAAAGGAUUACACAACAUACAGCACACAUCUACGGUGAUUAAUUACGGAAUUUGUACCACGGAUUGCUUUUGAAAAUCAAUAAAGCAAUCGCAGCUGUUGGCAUCUGCGAAAGGAUGAAGGCACACCGAGCUGAGUUCGGGCGCAGAAACAACGAUCGGCGGCAUUGAGGUUCCCGAUCCCGAUUCCGAUCCCGAUCCCGAACCCAAUCUCGGAUCUCGAGGAGGAGCGGCGACUCGGUCUCGCGGUGGAGCAAGGAGCGAGCUGCGAGCUGCGAGGAGCGGAGGCGGAGGCGGAGAAGUGGAGGAGUGCAGCUGGGCAGCCGGACAGCUGGGCGGGAGUCCUGGUCUAGACACUACAUGGAUCGCAGGAAUGGCGGCGAUCCCUUGGCGCCACCCCGGCCCCCGAAGUUACUACCGCGAGUGCAUCGACCAAGGGCGCCGGAGCCGACGUUAAGCGGUGUCGACCAGCCAUCAUCAGUAGGAGUAGCAGUAGCAGCAACAGCACCUGCAACAGCAACAGCAACAGGAGCACCAACAGCAACCACAAUCCACAACAACAAUUCACAGCAGCAACUUAGUAUUAGCGCCGCCACCGCCGCGAGCAACAACAACAACAACAACACGAUAUCGAUUAUACCCGCGUCGGCGGACAUCGACGACUAUCAGAUCCACCAUCUGACCUUCCUGCCGCAGCGGCCGAGCAGCUUGAGCCGGAACAGCAGCACGGCCUCCUCGACGACGGCCACGGGUCUGAGUGUUUCCGGUUCGGGCUCCGUUUCCGGUUCCAGUUCGAGCUUCACGCGGCGCCGUCCGCCGGCACCCGCACCGCUCACAACCAACAGCAACACAAGCAACAACAACUUCCUUAGUCAUUUCCAAAGCGCUGAGCCGGCGAGCAACGCUCUGGGCCAGCCGCCCGCCUCCCCCGUCACGCUGGCUCAACCGCGCCCCGAAUCCGAGCGGCUAACCAACGAGUAUGUGGACACGCCGCUGCAACACGCGACGCGCUCGCAGCACCCGGCUGGCCAGCAGGACAGCGGCCAGACGACCACCCACCACCUGCUGCUGCUGCCGCAGCGCAACCAGCAGUUGCAUCAGCAGCAUUUACAGCAGCAACAGCAGCACCUGCAGCAGCAGCAACACCUGCAGCAGCAGCAGCAACAUCAGCAACACCUGCAGCAGCAACAUGCGCGACUGGCGACGACGACGACGCAGGCGACGUCCCUGGGCAGCGACCACACCGACGGCUUACUACAUUCGCACCUGCAUCUGCAGCACAGCAGCAAAGCGCAGCAGCAACUGCAGCAGCAGCACAGCACACCCGCCUCGAAGCAGCCCAGCCCGCCCAGAAUGGGAAUGGGAAUGGGACUAGGACUGAGCCAGCCGAUCAUCACCAAGCAGCCGGCGGCGCAGAAGGAGCACAUGCACGCGCUGGAGGAGCUGCUGCAGCAGGGCGCAGGGGGCGGGGCGGGCGGAGCACUCGUGAUGGCGGGGGAUCCCGCGCUGGCGAACAACAUCGUGUGUCCGCGGUGCGAGCGGUGCCGCUGCGAGCAGUGUCAGAGCCCGCGGCCGCUGCCCCAGACGUGGGUGUGCAACAAGACGUGCCUCUGCAGCGCCGAGUCGGUGAUCGACUACGCCUCCUGCCUGUGCUGCGCCAAGGCGCUCUUCUACCACUGCGCCCGGGACAACGACCUCGACUGCGACGACGGCAACGGGACGCCCUGCGUGGACAACCCCUGCUCCUGCGGCCCCUACAAGCGCACCCAGCGCUGGGGCUGGCUGGGCGCCCUCUCCCUCUUCCUGCCCUGCCUCUGGUUCUACUGGCCGAUGCGCGGCUGCAUGAAGCUCUGCGAGAAGUGCUACGGCCGCUUCGCGGGGCGUGGCUGCCGCUGCCAGGGCAUCGGAGGGGGCACUGCUGGCGGAGGAGCGGGCGGCAUCGGGUCCACCAGCAGCAUGCUGCCCAUCGUGCCGCUGGGCGGAGUGAACGGCGGCGGACUGGGCGGCGGGGUGAGCCUCUCGGGCGGAGCGACGGAGGGCGGACUCGGGCCGCUGGCCAACGGGAAGGCGCUGGAGCACGGAUGCAGCGCCGCCAGGAGCAUCCUGCGCAAGGGCGACCUCACGCCGGAGAAGCGGCUCCUCGACUCCAGUCCCGACUACUGAACGGGUUCUUUGCCCCCCGCGGCAAAAAACCCCGUGGCACGAAAGGGAGGCCCACUGGAGGAGCAUCUACCCCCCACAUAUAUACAUACGGAAAUAUUUAAUAUAUAUGAUUUAAAAGGAUAUUUAAAGAGAGAAGGAGCGAUAGGAAGAUAGAACGAUAGAAAGAAAGAAAGAAAGAAAAAUUAAAUAACCAAAGACUGCAAACAGAUAAUUAUUAAUUAUUAGAAAUGUUAUUUAAAAAAUAAUUUUUGCUUAACGAGGAAAGGCGACGAGUGGAGGAAACCGACCGAGAAACGAAUGCGAUUAGGAAUUAUUUUUCGAACGAUUUUUGUAUUAUUUGAUUUUGUUCACAUGCUUAACAACAACUCUUCAGUUCAAUGUUCAAUUUCUAAGUCAAAUUCUUACCCUAUAAACGUAAAUAGUUGUAUGCAAAUGAUUCCAAUGAAUUUUCCACGAGUGUAAAGUAAACGGGCGAAAGUUUUUAUUGUUUUCGUAUACAAAAACACCCUAAAACUGAAUAACUGAAAAACUGAACAAUUUGGGGCGAGCGUAACAAAACACCAGAUUAUAUAUACCUAUAUACACACACGGGAGAACUUUUAGAGAAAUAUUCAAUGGCGUAAAUUAGUCAAAUAUUAUACUAUAUAUACCAAGUCCAGUCCAUUUUUGAUGUUGUAGAGCGAACAGAGCCAAAAGCCGAAAAUUACACAAGAAAUAUUGUAGAACUUUACGAAUUUAAAUCUUAAAUUGAUUUGUGUGUUGAUGUGUGUAUUGUAUUGAGGGCGACGAACUUUUCGAUAAAUUUAGAGCAGCCUAUAGACAGGUGUAAAUGUGCUUAGCUAUCGAUCUAGACUCUAGAUUUACUGCGAACUGCGAACUGCGAACUGCAAACCAAAAGUCAGUUAGUUUACUUUACCAUCUACGAAGCCGGAACAAAUCUUAGGAGCGAAAAUAUGGGAUAACGAAAUCGGUUGCUUAUGAACGUAUUUUAUAGUGAGGAUGGCUCCAACCAGCAGCCCCAAAGUGUGAGCAAGAUUGUAUAUACAUAUAAUAAAGUUUUUAAGCGAAAAGCAAAAUGUAUAUACAUAUAUAUAUACAAACAUAUAUAUAUGUGUAUAUAUACAAUGCAAGCAAAUUCCAAAUAAUAGAAAAACAAAAGAAAACAAAGCAAAACUUAAGUGUAACGAUAAAUCCACAUCUAAAUGCAGCAAAUACAAACAAACAAACAACAAACAUUUUUUGUAUAGAUUAUCCAUAUGAAAUAUGACAACAAAAACAGUGGCAAAUUAGCAACUUAAAACCAAUUUAUACACGUAAAAGCAAGAAGCAAGCAAAAGUAAAUUAAAGAUUAAUGUUAAACACUAAAAACACAUUACUAUAUGCUAUAUAUGUAAUCUGUAUAUGUACUAUAUAUAACUAUAUAUAUACGCCUAGAUAUACACACCAGAAAACUAUGCUUAAAACUCCUAACUUCUAAAAACGCAACAAAAAACGAAAAAAGAAAAACCCCAAAAAACAAACUAAAAGCUGGAAAAACUCCUUAAAGCCUAGCCGGUAAAGAAAAUUUAAUAAGCGCAGACCUACGACAAACCCAGAAAAAAUUAUACACGCAUAAAGAUAACGAUAAAGAUAAACAUUAAUAUCUAAGGCACUCUAUACAUACAAAACUAUGCAUAAUGAAUAUUUAUUUUAUUUGUACAUUUCAUUAUAAUAAAAUAAACUGAGUAGAAGACGAGUACGCGAUGAGUAGGGCGAGUAUGUGGGGUUCGAGUGCGAAACCCUGGAGAACCAGAAGAACUUUAUGUAAUGUUUUUAGAAUGUAUGUUCCGUUAAAAACUACAAAAUAAAAAAAAUCAUAUAAUACUAAAAAAUAUAACAAA